UCGUACACACUCCACUGUUGUCGCUGCUAAAUUCUCUCUCUCUCUCUCAAAUAUACUCUCGCACGUUGUCUCUAAACAUUUGCAAUUUCCAUUGAUGGCCGGGAAGCGGAUGCACGCGGUUCAGUACAACUGCUACGGAGGAGGACCCGCUGGUCUCACGCAUGUCGAGGUUACUGCUCGUAACCCAAAAAAGGACGAGGUGUUGAUAAAAGUGGAAGCAGCUAGUUUGAAUCCGGUUGAUUGGAAAAUGCAGAAAGGCGCGCUGAGUCCGAUUUUACCUUCCAAAUUUCCUUACAUACCUCUAACUGAUGUGGCAGGAGAAGUAGUGGAGGUUGGAUUUGGAGUCAAGAAAUUUAAACCUGGUGACAAAGUUGUAGCCUAUCUUAGUCCUUUUAGGGGAGGUGGUCUUGCUGAGUUUGCUGUGGCCAAGGAGAAUCUGACAGUUCCAAGGCCUCCCGAGGUAUCAGCAGCAGAAACCGCGGGCCUACCUGUUGCUGGCCUAACGGCCCACCAGGCCCUUACCCGGUCGGCUGGGGUCAAGCUUGAUGGAAGUGGACCACGGAAAAAUCUUCUGAUCACGGCUGCCUCCGGUGGAGUAGGCCACUAUGCAGUUCAACUAGCAAAGUUAGGAAACACGCAUGUGACGGCCACUUGUGGGGCCCGCAACUUGGAUUUUGUGAAGGGCUUGGGGGCUGAUGAGGUAUUGGACUACAAAACACCUGAUGGGGCAGCUCUGAAAAGCCCAUCCGGCCAGAAAUAUGAUGCUGUUAUCCACUGUGCCACGGGCACUCCUUUCUCUGCUUUCAAGCCUAAUCUAAGCCCGACUGGGAAGGUGAUAGAUCUGACUCCAAGUUUUGGUUCUUUCAUGACUUUCGCCAUGAAGAAACUGAUAUGCUCUAAGAAGCAGCUGGUGCCGUUUUUUGUAGUUCCGAAAGGUGAGAACCUUGAUUAUCUUGUGCAGUUGGUGAAGGAAGGGAAGCUUAAGACGGUUAUAGACUCGAAGCAUCCUUUGAGUGAGGCUGAAGAAGCUUGGGCGAAGAGCAUUGACGGUCAUGCCACCGGGAAAAUCAUUGUGGAGCCUUGAAAAUAUCGUUUGUGGAAUCAUUCAGGUUACUUCUAUGUAAAUUAAUUAAAGAGGGUAUGCAUGUGAUCUGUUAGACAGGUACUAGGUGCUGCAUAAAGGUCGGGUGUUUGGUGAUGCGUUCUUCUGCAUUGUAAUGUUUCGGAUACAGUAGACAUGGUGUUUUCAUGUAAAUGACAGUAGACAUGGUGUUCUUGGUCUCAUCAGGUUGCUAGGUUUGGUUGUGUUAGUCAAAUGCCGAUCGUUUGUUCUGUACGAAACUAUGUAUUCUGUGAAUGUGGUUGAUUCCCUGUUUAGUCAAAAGUAAUCACUAGGCUUGUUCA